GGAGCCGGUUGAAAGAAGAAAAGACAGAAAGCCUUUGGUGGGCCAAUAGGAGGCAAGAAAUACUGGUAGAAGAGUAAUCUUGCUUUCCAUCGUGCUCACUGAAGUCGAAAAACAGGCGCAGUAAAGAAGUGUCUGGUGCAGUAAUACAGCUAUACCGGAUAUUUCGACGAAGAAGAAGACAAGAUGGCGACCACCCUAGACUCCUCGGCGCCACUGAAAAGAGUGAAGAAAGUUCAAUUUGGGAUCCUUUCAGCAGAAGAAAUAAAACGUAGAUCGGUGACAGUCCCUGAUGGAAUCAGAUACCCUUACACGAUGGAGGGAGGGAAGCCUAAAAUGGGAGGACUGAUGGACCCGAGGCAAGGCGUCAUUGACAGGGCGUCACGCUGUCAGACUUGUGCCGGUAACAUGAACACAUGUCCCGGUCACUUUGGACACAUUAGUCUCACUAAGCCUGUCUUCCAUGUUUGCUUCAUGACAAAGAUAGUGAAGAUAAUGCGCUGUGUCUGUUUCUACUGCUCACGUCUGCUCAUUGACUCUGAUGACCCAAAAGUGAAAGACAUAUUAUUGAAGACUAGGACAGUCCCUCAUAAACGUCUCCAGUAUAUUUAUACACUGGCAAGAGUGAAGAGGAUCUGUGAUGGAGGAGGAGGAGGAGCUGAAGACAAGAACACUACUAUGAUGGAUGAUCCUAAAAUGAUGGCUCGUGGUGGGUGUGGUCGUUAUCAACCGAAACUCCGAAAGAUAGGCUUAGAGAUAACGGCAGAAUGGAAGGAGAUAAAUGAGGAGUCGCAGGAAAGGAAGAUAGUAGUGUCAGCUGAGAGGGUCCUUGAAAUAUUCAAGAAUAUGUCCGAUGAUGACUGUCGUAUCAUAGGAAUUGAUCCUAAUUAUUCUCGUCCUGAUUCAAUGAUAAUCACAGUGCUACCGGUACCGCCACUACCUGUACGACCUGCUGUUGUGAUGCAUGGAUCAGCAAGGAACCAGGAUGAUCUGACUCAUAAGUUGUCCGAUAUUGUCAAAGCUAAUGAGCAGCUUAUCAAGAAUGAGCAAAACGGAGCAGCUUCGCACAUCAUCGAGGAAGACUUGAAGAUGCUCCAGUUUCAUGUAGCAACACUCAAGGACAAUGAAUUACCAGGAAUGCCUAAAGCUGUUCAAAGAGGAGGGAGACCGUUGAAAUCGAUCAAGCAGAGGCUGAAGAGCAAGGAGGGACGUAUUCGUGGGAACCUCAUGGGGAAACGUGUUGAUUUCUCAGCACGUGCCGUCAUCACUCCUGACCCAAACCUCUCCAUUGAUCAGGUUGGAGUACCGCGUACCAUAGCACAGAACCUUACCUUCCCUGAAGUAGUGACACCAUUCAACAUAGACAGAAUGCAGGAGCUUGUGGCACGUGGUCACAAUCAGUAUCCAGGGGCUAAGUACAUCAUACGUGAGAACGGGGAGAGGAUUGACCUUCGUUAUCAUCCCAAACCAAGCGACCUCCAUUUGCAGUAUGGCUACAAAAUUGAGAGACACAUUGUAGAUGAUGAUUUGAUUGUUUUCAAUCGUCAGCCGACGCUACACAAGAUGUCUAUGAUGGGCCACAGGGUCAAGAUAUUACCAUGGUCCACCUUUAGACUCAAUUUGAGUGUUACCACUCCAUAUAAUGCUGAUUUUGAUGGUGAUGAGAUGAAUCUUCACGUACCCCAGAGUCUAGAGACAAAGGCAGAGAUACAGGAACUGAUGAUGGUUCACCGUAACAUCCUCACCCCUCAAUCAAACAGGCCAGUGAUGGGUAUUGUACAGGACUCACUCACUGCUGCUACAAAAUUCACCAAAAGAGACGUGUUCCUAGAAAAGGAAUCAAUGAUGAAUUUAUUAAUGUGGCUCCCUUCCUGGGACGGUAAGAUGCCUGUCCCCGCCAUAUUGAAACCAAAGCCCCUGUGGACAGGGAAGCAGUUGUUUUCAUUGAUAAUACCAGGGACCAACGUGAACGUGAUCAGAACACACUCCACUCAUCCUGACGAUGAGGACAAUGGGCCAUACAAAUGGAUAUCACCUGGAGACACCAAGGUGUUGGUUGAACACGGUCAGCUUCUCUCUGGUAUCUUAUCCAAAGACACUCUUGGUAAUAAAGGUGGCUCACUCAUGCAUGUCGUAGCAAUGGAGCUUGGCCCUGAUAUUGCUCGUAACUUUUAUGGUAACAUCCAGACUGUCGUCAAUAACUUCCUAAUGCUCGAGGGACAUAGCAUUGGUAUUGGUGACACCAUUGCUGAUAAUCUCACGUAUAAUGAUAUACAGAAAACCAUUAGAUCUGCCAAGAAUGAUGUUGUUGAAGUUAUCAAGAAGGCUCACAAUAACGAGCUUGAGCCAACGCCAGGCAACACUCUUCGUCAGACCUUUGAGAACCAGGUGAACAGGAUACUCAACGAGGCACGUGACAAGACAGGUAGCUCCGCCCAGAGGAGUCUCUCUGAAUUUAAUAAUUUCAAGAUAAUGGUCACAGCUGGGUCGAAAGGAUCAAAGAUUAACAUAUCACAGGUCAUAGCUUGCGUGGGACAGCAGAACGUUGAAGGAAAGAGAAUCCCGUUUGGUUUUCGACACAGGACGCUACCUCAUUUCAUUAAGGAUGAUUAUGGACCCGAGAGCAAAGGGUUUGUAGAGAACUCUUACUUAGCCGGUCUCACUCCUAACGAGUUCUUCUUUCACGCUAUGGGAGGAAGAGAAGGACUCAUAGAUACUGCUGUGAAAACAUCUGAAACAGGUUACAUACAGAGACGAUUGAUGAAAGCUAUGGAAGGUCUGAUGGCACAUUAUGAUGGAACUAUCAGGAACUCAAACUCUCAAAUGAUUCAGCUUUGCUAUGGAGAGGACGGCAUGGAUGGGAUGUGGAUGGAGUUCCAACAGUUGCCAACUAUAAAACCAUCAGAUGCUGCGUUUAAAAGGAAAUUUUACUUUGAUGUGACAAACCAAAGACAACUGAGGCAGUUCUUUAGAGAUGAGCUCAUUAGGGAUCUAAUGAAGUCAGGUACUCUCCAGAAGGAAUUGGAGGACGAGUUUCAGCAGCUGAAAGAAGACAGGGCAGCUCUAAGAUCAAUAUUCCCUACUGGCAACAGCAAAGUUGCAUUACCUGUUAAUAUUACAAGACUCAUCUGGAAUGCACAGAAGAUAUUUCACAUUGACACUCGCAGUAAAGUUGACCUUCAUCCUUCGAAAGUUAUUGAAGGUGUCAAGGAGUUAAAUGAUAAGUUGGUUGUUGUUAAAGGAGAUGAUGCUCUAUCAAGACAGGCACAGAUCAAUGCUACACUCCUCUUCUCCAUAUUCCUCAGAUCCACCCUCUGCACUAAGAGAAUGGCAGAGGAGCACAAACUCACAGAGGAAGCUUUUGAAUGGCUCCUUGGAGAGAUUGAGACCAGAUUCCAGAGAGCACACGUUCAGCCAGGAGAGAUGGUAGGAGCACUUGCCGCUCAGUCACUAGGAGAACCUGCCACUCAAAUGACACUGAACACAUUUCAUUAUGCUGGAGUCUCUGCUAAGAACGUAACUCUGGGGGUACCUCGUCUUAAGGAAAUCAUUAACGUGUCCAAGAAGCCGAAAACCCCAUCACUGACUAUCUUUUUAUUAGGACAAGCGGCACGUGAUGCUGAAAAAUGCAAGGAUGUUCUGUGUCGUAUAGAGCACACGACUCUUAGUAAAGUGACUGCAAACACGUCCAUAUUUUAUGAUCCAGACCCACAGAACACGGUGAUUGCCGAAGAUCAGGAGUUUGUUAAUGUUUACUAUGAAAUGCCUGAUUUUGAUCCUGCGCUCAUAUCACCUUGGCUCCUGCGUCUUGAAUUGGAUCGUAAAAGGAUGACAGACAAGAAGUUGACCAUGGAACAAAUUGCAGAGAAAAUCAGCUCCACUUUUGGUGAUGAUCUCCGUUGUCUUUUCAAUGAUGAUAAUGCAGAGAAGCUAGUCCUUCGCAUCAGACUAAUGAACAGCGAUGAUCAGAAAUAUCAAUCAGAGGCUGAUGAGGAGCAGUUGGAUAAAAUGGAGGAUGAGACAUUCUUGCGUUGCCUUGAAGCUAAUCUGCUGUCAGACAUGACACUUCAAGGAAUCGAGCAAAUAUCUAAAGUGUACAUGCACUAUCCUACUCAAGACUCAAAGAAGCGUAUUGUUAUCAGUGAGCAAGGUGAAUUCAAGGCUAUACAGGAGUGGAUACUUGAGACUGAUGGGGUCAAUCUCCUCCGGGUUUUGAGUGAGCCCUCCGUUGAUCCUGUUCGUACAACAUCCAAUCACAUUGUGGAAAUAUUUCAGGUGCUUGGUAUUGAGGCGGUAAGGAAAGCAUUAGAGAAAGAGAUUAAUCAUGUCAUUUCUUUUGAUGGUUCUUACGUUAAUUAUCGUCACUUGGCUUUGCUCUGCGAUAUUAUGACGUGCCGUGGUCAUUUAAUGGCAGUCACUAGACACGGGGUGAACAGACAAGAAGUAGGAGCACUGAUGAGAUGCUCAUUUGAAGAAACUGUUGAUAUAUUGAUGGAGGCUGCUGGUCAUGCAGAGGUUGAUAAGAUGCAAGGAGUUAGUGAGUGUAUCAUGUUGGGCCAGUUGCCUAAAGGUGGUACUGGUGCUUUUGAACUGAUGCUUGAUGCAGAGAAGUGCAAGUCGGCAAUGGAGAUAUCAGGAACAAUGACCGGGAUGAUGAUACCUGGUUUGAUGUUUGAACGUGGAUCUGGCCCAGUUGGUAGUCAGACCCCAGCCAUGACGCCAUGGCAGGGAGGUGCUACCCCUAGCUAUAUGGAUGCAUGGACUCCUGGUGGAAUGACUCCAGGAAUGUCUGCUGCAUUCUCUCCAGCAGCACAAUCAGAGGUUGGUGGGUUUAGUCCUGGAUAUAGUCCUGGUUGGAGUCCUGGUCCAUCUUCUCCAUCAUAUAAUCCCCCAGCAGGUUAUUCUCCUGCUUCUCCUGGUUAUUCCCCUGCUUCUCCUGGUGGCCCUGCUUCUCCAAAGUAUUCACCAGCAUCACCAGGUUAUUCACCAGCAAGUCCUUCGUAUUCACCAGCUAGCCCAUCCUAUUCACCGGCUAGUCCAUCCUAUUCUCCUGCUAGCCCCUCUUAUUCACCAGCAAGUCCAUCUUAUUCACCAGCGAGUCCAUCUUAUUCUCCUGCUAGCCCUUCCUAUUCACCAGCCAGCCCUUCCUAUUCUCCAGCAAGUCCAUCUUAUUCACCAGCCUCUCCCAGCUACAGUCCAACUUCACCAAGUUAUAGCCCAUCUUCUCCAAGCUAUAGCCCUUCUUCCCCCAGCUAUAGUCCAUCAUCACCAAGCUAUAGCCCUUCUUCCCCGAGCUAUAGCCCGUCAUCUCCUAGCUAUAGCCCAUCCUCUCCCAGCUACAGUCCAUCUUCCCCGAGCUAUAGCCCAUCUUCACCCAGCUAUAGUCCAUCUUCGCCCAGCUAUAGCCCAUCAUCGCCUAGCUAUAGUCCUUCUUCCCCGAGCUAUAGCCCUUCAUCACCAAGUUAUAGUCCAUCUUCUCCCAGUUAUAGCCCAUCCUCUCCCAGCUAUAGCCCAUCCUCCCCCAGCUAUAGCCCAUCUUCCCCAAGCUAUAGCCCUUCAUCUCCCAGCUACAGUCCAUCGAGUCCUGCUUAUUCUGGAUCAAAGCAAAAAUAUUAUUCGUCAAAUCAAAAGUAUUCGCCAUCAAGCCCAAAGUAUUCACCAUCAAGCCCAAAGUAUUCGCCUUCGAGCCCAAAAUAUUCGCCUACUUCGCCACCAUAUACACCAUCCUCACCUCAGUAUACUCCUAGUUCACCUCAGUAUACUCCAAGCUCGCCUCAGUAUACUCCAAGCUCGCCUCAGUACUCCCCAAGCUCUCCCCAGUAUUCUCCCAGUUCCCCCCAGUACUCUCCCAGUUCACCUCAGUAUACCCCGAGCUCACCUCAGUAUACUCCUAGUUCACCUCAGUAUACUCCUAGUUCACCUCAGUAUACUCCGAGUUCGCCUCAGUAUACUCCAAGCUCUCCUCAAUAUUCGCCACCUUCACCUUAAUAACUUGUUGUGUGGUAAUAUGGUGUACAGUCUCUGUAUUAAUAUAUUUAACUUUCUAUAAUUAUUGUUGUUGUUAUCGUGCAUAUUUGACUUUGACUACUUGGACUUGAUUUUUUUCUACUUUACUUGACGUCUUGUCAUAAUUAAUUUAAUCUAUUAUCAUUAUUAUUAAUUUAUUUUGAUUCACGUUUGUGAUUUGAUUUUUUCAAUAUUAGAUAUAAUUAUCAAUCAUAAA